CUUGUUGUUACAUGUUUAGGUUGGGUAGUGUCACUUGAAUGUAGUAAUAUUUGUUUCUAGUCAAGUACUUGUAAUUUAUUUUAUAUGUUAUUAUUUGAACUCUAUGUAGGUGUGAGUUUCAUUGUUUAAUUUUCUGCUCUCUUAAGAUAUAUGAAAUGCCAGAACAUAGGAAUUCAAUAUUAUUAACUCAGGAAGAAAAUGAUUUGGUGUUUAGCCUUGUGGGUUAUAAAUGUGAGACCAUAGCAACUACUGUGAUUGAGCUUUAUACUACUGGGGGACCCAAAAAUGGAGAAUGGUUUCAUAAAGAAACUGGAGUUCUGUGUUUAGUGAAAGACAGCAAUAAGAAGUCAUACUUUUUUCGCAUUUAUUGCCCUAUCAGAAAAAGGCUUUUAUGGGAACAUGAAGUUUAUAACAAUAUUCAGUAUAUCACUCCUACAAAAUUUCUUCACACUUUUGAAGCAGAGAACUGCAUUGCAGGUUUUAAUUUUGCAAAUGAAGAAGAAGGAUCAAAGCUUCAUUCAAUUCUUGUGGAAACGUUGGAGAUUAGGAGACAAAGAAGAGUUGAAAAAAAUAGAAGAAAUAGAUACAAUAAUUCGCAUACGAUAAAAGUUGCACCUCAUACAAAUGGUGUAAGUUAUGGUAGUCCAUUAAUAUCACCAACUGUAACUGAAAUAGCCAAGAAAGAAGGAAAGAGGAAACAGAAGUUCUCCAAAUCUGAUAUUGGACCUCCUCAAGAUUUUCGACAUGUUUCUCAUGUUGGAUGGGAUCCUCAUAAAGGCUUUGAUUUAGAAAAGGCUGAUGAUCCGCAACUCAAAGAAUUUUUCGCCCAGGCUGGAGUUUCAGAAACCCAUUUACGAGAUAAAGAAACACGAGAAUUCAUUUAUGACUUUAUAAUAAAAAAUGGUGGUAUUGAUGCUGUAAAAGAACAAAUAGAGCCAAUGGAACCACCGCCUAUUCCAGCUCGUUUUAGGGCUCCUCCGAAGCCUCCAAUUAAAAACUUAGGACCACCACCACCUCCACCACAGCGCUUUCCGCCUUCAAAAAGCGUACCUUCUACACCAAAACAGGUUGCUGUUGUUGAGCCUAUAUUCGCGCCUCCCCCUCCACCACCGCCUCCUGGACCACCACCUAUGCCUGUUGCAGAAGAGAGUUACACUCGCAAUAAAUCAGCUAUGUUAGAAGAGCUUACUUCUAAAGGCAACCAAUUAAAGCCUCUAAAUAAUGUAAAUAAUUCUUCGGAAACUGAAGAAAAGAAGCCACCCUCGGACUCACGUUGUCAGCUUUUGGAGCAAAUAAAGAUAGGGGUCAAUUUGAAACCAGUUAGUACUAAUGUGACACCAGUCCAAAACCGAAAUAUCCAGGCUAGCGGGCUGGCAGGUGCCCUCGCUCGUGCAUUGGCAGACCGUAAGCAAGAUAUUCAAGGAGAUAGCAGUUCUACCUCUGAUUCUGAUGAAGCCUUUGACGAUGAAGAGUGGGAUGAUUGAAUUGUAUACAUUAUUCCAAUUAACCAUUUUAUUCGUUAAAAAUUAUUAUUGUUUAUAACGUAUUCAUUUGUUAUUAGGUAUUCAUUUGUGCAAUAUAAAACUUUUUUAAAACUUAAUGUUAUUAUAUCAUGUUUUUUUA